AUGGCUGAUCUAGUCAAAGCUCCACCUCCAGUUAACUUGAAGGAGGGUAAUAUUCAGAAGUCUUGGGACUUAUUCAAGCAAAAAUUCGCUUUCUACCUUAUUGCUAUAGGUAAAACGAAGGCCUCAACAGAAGUGAAGUGUGCACUCCUUAUGGGUGUGGCAGGUGAUGAAGCUUUGGAAGUAUAUAAUGCUUUUGUAGACAAGCUCAUCACCUACAAGACUAACGAGGCAGGUGAAGAAAUUAUUGACACUGACAAUACCAACAACUAUGACAAAGUUGUUGAACAUUUUGAUCUAUAUGCCGCAGAAAAGAAGUGUGUGACUGGCUGCAGGGAGCUGUUUAAUGCUCGCUCACAGAAAAAAGGUGAAGCCUUCCACACUUGGCUCACAGAUUUGCAAAAUCUUGUUAAAGACUGUGAGUACGCUCAGAUCGCUGACAGCAUGCUAAAAGACAGAAUAAUCUGGGGCACUUAUGAUAAGAGGUUAAGGGAGACAAUCAGAGCAAAGUCUAACCUUCCCUUAUCUGAAAUAAUAGAAAUUUGCAAAGGGGUAGCAGCAACUGCGCGCUAUCCCAGGCAAAAUGAUUCUAAUGAAGCCCAGGAAGUCGAUGCUGUUCAUGUUUUUACUGCAAAAAACAAAGGCAAGCACCCAAGUAAGUUUGGCAUUCCCUCUGGUCAACAGAGAGGAGCCAAAAGCUACAGAGGCAGAGGAAAAUACCAGCAAGAGUCUUCCAAUCAGAAAAAUGGUGGAUCAAAACAGGGAGAAGGAAAUUCUGGGAAACAAUUUAAAAAUCUGUUCAAAUAUAAAUGCAGGAAGUGUGCCAGGUUCCAUGAGGCAGGUAACUGUCCUGCAUGGGGACAGGUUUGUGGUAACUGCAAUGGCAGAAACCACUUCCAUACUGUCUGUCAAAAACCUGCAAAUAAUCAAAACCAACAGUCAAAGAAAGUUGAUACUAUUCAGUCAGUGACGAAUCAACUUCAGGAUGUCCUCUUAGGAGGCUGGUCUGAUAACAGGUAUGUACAUAUGCUAACUGUUAGUGAUACAGUUAAAAGACAGGUUAUUGAGAGUGGUUGGGAGAGUAAAAGACCUAGAAAAGAAUAUAUUGAAGUUUUAAGGCUUCAGGGGGAACAUUAUGUCAAAUUUAAAUUAGAUAAUGGUUCCAAAAUAAAUAGUCUGCCAUUCCAUGUCUUCCAAAAAAUUAAUAAAGGUUACAAAGUUUACCCCACCAACACUGUGUUGGAAAGUUAUGGGAAAGUUCUUAGUAAACCUGCUGGUGUAGUAAAAUUGCUUGUAGAGACUAAAUAUGGUGGCAGCAUGCUUUGUGAAUUUCUACUCUCUACCAUUGAACCUAAACCACUGUUGGGUAUAGAAGCUUGUGAACAAUUAGAUCUGGUAAAAAGAGUUGAGCAUCCACAUACAGUGAAUACUGUAACAGUCACAAAAUUGCUACCAGACUCUAAGCAAGACUUCUUAAAAAAUUACAGUAGCCUAUUUGCAGGCAUAGGAGAAUUUCAGCAAAAAGUUGAAAUAGUGGUUGAUCCCACAUUCCAACCUAGGAUGUGCCCGGCAAGGAGAUAUCAUUUCUCUAUAAUUCAGCGGUUAAAAACCAAACUGGAUGACUUGGAAAGGGAUGGCAUUGUUGCUAAAGUUACUAAUGAAAUUCCCAAGUUUGUCAGUAAUAUGGUGAUUCGUGAAAAAAGCAAUGGAGAUCUAAGAAUCUGUCUUGACCCGGAACAGUUAAACAAAGCAAUUCAACGCUCAAGGUAUGCGAUUCCAACUUUUGAUGAAUUGUCUUACAAAGUGAGAGAUCAAGAAAUCUUCACAGUGCUUGAUCUAAAGUGGGGUUUUUGGCAUGCUACGCUAGAUGAAAAAUCUAGCAUGUUGUGCACAUUCUCCACUCCGCAUGGCCUUUACAGAUUCCUGAAAAUGCCUUUUGGUCUGUGCAGUGCACCUGAGACAUUCCAGUUUUUAACUGAACAAGCAUUUCGGGGUACUGACGCCAUAAUUUACUUUGAUGACUGUUUAAUCACAGGAAAAAAUUAUGCUGAGCAUGACUAUAAGCUUGCAAAAUUUAUGGAGAAGGCAAAUGAGCAAAAUAUUAGAUUUAAUAUUGAUAAGUUGCAAUACCGUAGAAAGGAGGUAAAAUUCUUGGGACAACUCUUGUCAAAAAAUGCAACAAAAGUAGAUCCUGAAAGGGUAAAAGCAAUAAGUGCCAUAAAUGAACCCAAAACUAAGCAGCAGCUGCAAAAAUGCUUGGGAACAUUUAAUUAUGUGAGAAAGUUUUUACCUCAAAUGGCUACAAUUGCUGCACCUCUCUACCAAUUAUUGUCAAAAACAAUAUCUUUUCAAUGGUUGCCUGUACAUGCCGAAGCUUUUUCAAAACUGAAAGAGGCUUUGACAACAGCACCAGUGCUUGCAACAUUUGAUAGUUCUAAGUCUAUAGUUAUACAGGCUGAUGCAAGCCAAUAUGGUCUUGGUUGCUGUCUGCUUCAAAAUGGCAGGCCUGUAGCAUUAGACUCAAGAAUUCUCACUGAAACAGAGAAAAAUUAUGCUCAAGUUGAGAAAGAAAUGCUUGCACUAUGCUUUGCUGCUCAAAAAUUUGAAAAGUAUAUCUGGGGUAUGCCUGAUGUAUUGUUUCAAACAGAUCAUCAACCCUUGAUUCAUAUUUUCAAAAAAGUCAUUAGCUCAAUCACUAAUAAUAGGCUGAAAAAGAUGAGGUUAAAAUUACACAGGUUCCACCCUAGAGUUGAGUAUUUACCUGGAAAAUACAUGCACAUUGCUGAUCUCCUUUCGAGACAAUGCCUGGGUGAUCCUGUUGAGGAUGAUCCAGAAAUGACUGAAGUAGUACAUGAGGUUACUAAAUAUAUCCCCAUGUCAGAAACUAUCAAAGCUGAUCUUGAAAGAGAAACUGCUCUUGAUCCUGGGUUAUCAGCGGUAAUGAAAUAUUGCCGUGAGGGAUGGCCCAACAACAAAAAUAAAGUUGACAAUGAGGCUAAGCCUUAUUGGCAAAUCCGCAUGGAUAUUUUUGUUGAAGACAAUCUGGUUAUUCUAGAGGACAGAAUAAUUGUGCCUAUUAAACUUCGAAAACCAGUACUAAAAAAAUUACAUACUGCUCACUUGGGCAUAGAUAAAACUAAGGCUCGAGCGAGGCAGUCCCUGUACUGGCCAGGAAUGUCCAAUGACAUUGCUAAUCUAAUUAAAGAAUGUCGACGAUGUGAAAGGCACAGUGCAAACAAUUUUCGUGAACCACUGAUUUCACAUGAAAUUCCUUCUCUCAGGUUCCAAAAAAUUGGUGUUGAUAUACUGAACUUUGAUUCAAAAGACUAUUUGGUUGUAGAUGAUUACUUGUCUAAAUGGUUGGAAAUCAAACCUUUACCUAGUAAAAGUAGCAAAUCUGUAAUAGAUGCACUUAGAUCUAUAUUCGCUACUCAUGGUAAUCCACAAGAAAUCUUUGGUGAUAAUAAUCCUCUCAACUCCAGUGAAUGUCAUGAGUUUGCUAAGAGCAUGGAGUGUGAAAUUAAAACUAGUUCACCAGAAUAUGCUCGAAGUAACGGCUUGGCUGAAAAAGGUGUGCAUAUUGCUAAACAAAUGCUUAAGAAAUGCAAAGAUGAUGGCACGCACAUUCUUGAUGCUUUAAAAGAGUAUAAUAAUACACCAUUGACUGGGUUGACUGUGUCUCCAGCACAAAUUCUUAUGAGUAGAACUUGUCGAACAGUCAUUCCUACUCUAAAAAGACAUCUGGAACCAAAGGUUGUACUGGUUAGAAAGUUGCUCAAAAAGUUACAAGACAAAAUUAAAGCCCAACAUGACUUGCGAGCCAGACGCAAACCUGUAACCUUUCAACAAGGUGAAAAUGUUGUGGUAAGACGUGGAAAAAAAUGGCAUAAAGGGAAAAUAGUGCGUAGACUGUCUGCAGAUAGAAGCUACGUCAUUAACUUAUUAGGUGGUGGUCAAUUACGCCGUAAUACAUGGCAUAUCAAACACUCUGCAACAAAACCGGAUAGAGUAGAUGCUGGUGUAAACCAAAUUGAACUUGAUGCCGAUGCUAUCCUUGCCAAUUUAAGACUUGGUGAAAAGAGAGUGAAUCAUAACCCCCCUAACCCUUUGCGCAAUUUUGUUCCAGUGGACUCCAGGACUGUUGAUCCUAAUGUAAAUACGUCAAGAUUUGGUCGACGGAUCACUAAGAAUAAAAGAUAUGAUGAAGACCAAUAUCUGAAAUACUAA